UCAGACGUCCGGGUCUGUAGGGGACAGAGGGAAAGACUGAUGACGAGACCGGAGAGCGGUGACAACCUAGACACAACGAAGACAUCGCCACAAACAUUUCAGAGGAACGUCCACACACACUGAGAGAGGGAGGAGACAACUGCAAAGACUGUGUCAAAGACCAAGAGGAAGAAGAGGACGGUUGGAUGUCAGAACCUGACGGUGGAAGAGAAAUCUCCAUCUUCAGCUGUGAGAGGAAGAAGAGACAGAAGAGAAGCAGACUAGAGGCAAGAGGGACAGAAAGGAGAGCAGCAGGAGGAGAGAGAGGCAAAGAAGAAGAAGAAGAAGUAGAAAGCAGUGCUAAAGGAAGAAGACAAGGGGGACAAGCAGAGGAGGGAGCCAGACUAACCCUGGAGUAUCUAAACAGCGCUCUGCUCAGCCCGGCAGGGAAGAUGUCCAAGCCCUCCUCCCGCCUGGGUCGACCCGGUUCAGCGGGGUCUAAGAGCCCCAGUUUGAGGAAGGAGCUGCAGGGUAAUCGCUCAUGCAUGCUGAGGAUCGGGGAGAGGCUGAUGAGGGCAGGCAGCGAGGGGAACCUGGUCCAGAGACCCGCUCCAGCCCAGAGCCAGAGCCACGCUUCCUCAGCUGGAUCAGGGUCAAGAUCGAACGGGCGGACGCAGGCUGCAGCCCUGGAGGACAAACCCGCAGGAAACACCUCCAGCAAAGGUCUUGUUCACACUCGCACAGCUGUGUCACAGCUGGAAGCUGCUCAGUGCGACUCCAGCAGCUCCACCGGAGCGUUUGCGGGUGAAGCUCCUCGCUCACAGUCAGAAUCGGCUGCAGUGCGCCUCACUGAGCACUCAGAGCCCUGGGAAACAGCAGCUCGCUCUGCAAACAUCUACACAGUAUAUUUUUGA